AAAAAUAUUAAAAAAAUGAAGAAAACUAUAAUACCUGUCCUCAUGGAUACCUAUGGUCUUGUACGCUUUUGGGAUUUCGAUACCCGCCCAGUUUCAUCGGAUACCUCUUGGAAGAAAUCCAUAAAUUGGUUUAUUGCCAACGAUUGUUAUGAUCGACGACAACGACAUUGUUGUACAACUUCGAACCAGAAUAUGUCUCAACAAAUGCGUGCAGUUUCCAGUCCCUCCCUUACCGAUAUGGGAGAUUAUUGCCAAAGAGUACCAUCUAGUAAUUCAUCGUAUACCAAUGCCAGUGCCGCCAAUAACCCCACAACUAGUCAAGAGGAUUGUCAGCGGACUGCCACAAAUAAUGUGCCGUCAGUGGUGGUGGUGGCUUCGUCGGCCACCCAGAAUGUUGGAGUUCUACAAAAAUUCAAACGUACAUUAACCAAUUUCAAUAAGCAUCAGCAACAGACGACCAAUCAAGCAACAACAACAACUGAAAUGUCAACGACAACGGAUGUCACCGAUUCCUCCUCUGCCACCGCCACAAAUAAUAAAUAUCGAUUUGGCCCCUUGGUGUGGCGUUCGUCGAAGGAGCGACGCAAGACAAAAUAUAAUCGCCGUGACAAAUGUAACAGCGGUGAUUCGGGCAUACAAAUUGAACUGGAAAAUGAUGAGCAAUUCGCUCGAGCCUUGGCGGCCAAUGGUGGUUGUUUGAAUGGUGCCCUGAAUAUAAGUAACGGUGUUGCUCUAAUGGCCAAUGGACGUAAAUCAGAAGGAUUGAAUUCCCUAAGAUUUCGACAAGUACGCCGCACAAAUUCCGCCAAAGUUACAUCAAUGACCGAUCAAAGCGUUUCGGAGGUAUUAAAUAAAGCCAAAAUGCUGAAACGCAUGGAUAUCAAUGGGGAACGUGAGGCACCCGAAUCAUUGCCCACCCGUUCGCUAAGUCAACCCAAUGGCCUAGAGUCAUGUGGCAUGACACGCAAUGAUUUAGAUGACAGCGACAGUGAUAGUGUUACCUCACAUGAAGAAGCUCCCACCACAUAUUAUCCCAUUUAUGCCGAAGUCUUGUACAAUUUCACUGCUGCCGGACCACAAGAGUUGGGCUUGGAAAAGGGUACCUUAAUUGAGAUUUUGCGCAAAGAAAUUGGCCCCUGGUGGUUUGGACGCAUUAAAAAAGAGGAUGCCACUAUAGUGGAGGAAAUUUUAGAUCCGGAAUUGGGCUGGUUUCCCAAAGAGUUUGUGCGCGUCAUACACUCACCGGAAACAGAUGCAUUCUUUUUGCAACACUUGGCCGAUGAUGAGCAACGGCACAAGGAUCAACACAUUAGCCACAUGCAAAUUAAUGAACACUCUGCCACAACAGCAUUAGUGCAGCAGGCAUCAUCAUCCACCACAACCAGCGUUCAGCACAAUGUCACAACCAUUGUUAUUGAAACAUCAUCAUCAUCACCAUCAUCGGACCUUAAUGUUAUAAUGGGUAGUGCGGAAAUAUUACGUCGUAGUGCUGUCAAAGAAUUAUUGGAUACCGAACUAAAUUAUGUUAAGCUGCUACAAGCUAUAUGUGAGGGUUAUCUGCCAGCUAUGAGCAAACGCAUUGAUAUCUUCUCACCCAACAGCAUACGCUUGAUAUUCUCCAAUAUAACAGCUAUAUAUAAAUUUCAAAGGCGAUUUUUAGAUGCUUUGCGCAAGGGUAUUGAACAAAAUCAAGUUGGCAAAAUCUUUUUGAAAAUGCACAAAGGAUUUUUAUGUUAUUCAACAUAUUGUAAUUCAUAUCCACGGGCAUUAAUUGAAUUGGAAUCAUAUGAAAGGGUCAAAGAUGCUCGCACCAUAUUAGAUAAUUGUCGCGAAACCGAAAACCUAGCUGAAUUACCCUUAUCCGCCCAUUUAUUGGCUCCAGUGCAGCGUAUCUGCCGCUAUCCUUUACAUUUGGCGGAAAUUAUGAAAACCUCUGCCAAAGGUUCGGAACCCACACCAUUUAGCCUACAGGAAUUUGAACAAAUCGAUGUUAGCCAAUUGAAUAUACCCGACACGACUGAGACCAUUGAUAUGGCCUUGGAGGCAAUGAAAUCCAUAACCGAAGCAGUAAAUGAGGGCAAACGCCACAGUGAAACAAUUGCCCGUCAUCAGGCCAGUUUUCAAAAUUUCAAAGGACCCCCACUGCAUUUGCACAGCACCCGUUUCUUUGUACAAAUCGAUGCGACAAGACAGAAACAAAAUCUAUGGAACAGUAGCUGUACAUUGUUUUUGUUCGACAAUCAAUUGGUAUAUUGCAAGCGGGAUAUUAUUAAACGUUCCAAUUUCAUUUACAAGGGACGUAUUUUCCUCGAUCGUUGCCGUGUGGUCAAUGUUCGUGAUGGUAAAAUGUUUGGCCACACCAUUAAGAAUUCGUUGCGGAUUUAUUGUGAAUCAAGAGGCAAAUGGUUUGAUUUUAGUUUCCGUUCGGCAAAUCGUAAACAUAGAUUCUUAAAUACCCUGGCCUUGGAACGGCAAUUUAGUGGCAAAUCUUUAUACAUCUCCGAAAUGAUGAAUUUCGAUUAUGCCCUCGAGGAAAGAGAUUGUUCAGAUGAUCAAUCCGAUUACGAGGGAGCUGAAAAUGAACAACAAAAACUUAAAGAAUUUCUAUAUGAGGCAAAUUUAAGUAAUGGCAAUAAUACCAAUACCUCGGGUGAAAGUUCGGUACCCGAAUCCCCCGCCAAAUCGUUUAAAUACAGUGACACCUUACCCAAAAAGUCGUCACAUUCACGUUUGGAAUCGGCGGCAAAUAGUGAAGCACAGACGGGCUCAUUGGGCCGGCGAAGAUUGGGCAAUUGGUUUCGCAAACCCAAAAGUACCGCCACAACGCCCAAUCAAUCGCCCACCCACAAAUCCCAUCCCCCAGCGGCACAUUCCACCGGUGAUUUACAAUUGACCGGUAGCAGCGAUAUGAACGAAUCGUAUACAGUUAUAGAACAUGCAGACAAUGGAGGUGUUAGUUCGUAAA